CCGGUUGGCGGCGAUAUCGAGCGUAACGGUCGAUAAAGCGAGUAGGGACGUCGUCGAGUCACGCACGAUUUUACAAGGAAAAAUCGACGCGAUCGGAGCAAUAUAACCAAGGUUAUGGUCGAGAUAAACCGGGAGCCCCGAUAAGACGUGGACCGUCGCUGCGGACGGACGAGUGCGCGGCUGGCGUCAGGCCCGCUCGGAUCUUCCACGAAGGUGUCGAGCUGUCGAUUACGCAUCUCCACUUGUUGGGACAUCGUUCUACGGUUGGAAUUUCAGUGGAGGCCAUCGCUCGGUGAUAGUCUCGUGAACGUCGAGAAAAGUUGACUCGAAAGAGUCGAAUCAGUUGAUUCGAAAGAGUUGGAAGAGUUGACUCGGGGGAUGUUAACUCUCUGUUGCUUAAAAACAAUGUAAGCUCGAUCCAAACGAAGACAACUAGCCUUCUAGAACAUCGAAUACACCUGGGUUCGAGGUUAGCUUAUGGUCAGUUUGACGUGCUGUGAAAUAAACUUUGUGCAAUAGAUGGUUGAUCCUCAAUCGCCAAGUGUUUGAUGGUUCGUGAACUUCGAGGCUACCUUUCCAUCGUAAGGACCGAGUAAGACUGAGGGCGAUAAAGUGCUAACUCUUCGUUUCCAAGUGACUUUGUUCGAGGCCUCGAUGCUCCAUCUUUACAACUCCAAGGACCAAAUAGAAGUUGCGCUUUCAUUUUCACCUCGGCACACCGGGUAAAACUCACCAAGUGGAGUUCGAGGCCUCGAUGAUAUCCACCUUCGUGACAACUCCAAGGACCGAAUAAUCUUCGCGUGUCUACGAAACUAAAUAAAUAUCCACGCGAGUUGCCCCUUGAAACUUGAUAAAGUUCACGUACAGGGUUCAUCCUAACUCUGUUCAAUUGUCGAUGCUCCAGCACCUUUCGGACGACUCGAAGGACCAAAUAAAAUCGCAACAGUGACUCCGUAACUUGAUAAAGUUCACGUAGAGGGUUAAUCGUAACUCUGUUCAAGGCCUCGAUGGCCCAGCACCUUUCCGACGACUCGAAGGACCAAAUAAAAUCACAACAGUGACACCCGUUCGAGGACUCCAUCCUUCGAAAAGCCUUCCACUUUGCCCUGGUGCGAUAGACGAUACCCCCGACCGGCUAUGAAUCGCAUGCGACUCGAGUCGCGUCGUUUCGGGAGCCGUUCGAGUUCAUUGGUCAUCGACGACGGCGCGUAAACACGCGAAACACGCGCGCAGCACGCGCGCAGCCCGCGUCUCCGCUUUAUUGACGGUAAAUCGCGCCGGGUUUUCUUCUCGCGGUACUAUUUACAAACAAACGUUAGAUCCAGGAACGGCGCUGGUAAGCAUUCGCAAGCGUUCGUUCGCCACGCUCAGUGAUCCGCGGAACAGAGACGUCGGCGGCCGGUCCUGGCCGCGAUACGCGAUCGUUGAACCGACAAGCGCGCUCGUACAAAGUCAUCGGAAGGUGACAAGAGUGGCCCGAUCGCCAUCGGCAUCUACUUCGCGUCAGCGCCGAAGAGAUUACGACGGGAACUUUGGACGAUCGAUCGAUAAAGAGGCGCGAACCGAUCGUUUCUUUUUUUAUUUCGACGAUAUUGAAACUGGCCGACGUCGGAUCUCUGCCUCCGGCUACCAUUCGCGACGAGCGGGGUUCCGCGGACCGAUCUCGGCUCGACGCGAACCGCGAGUGGAAAGGGGUACGAUAUCGAGGAGUCGCGUCGAAGGAGGAGGAUCAACCGGGAUUUUUCUGUGCAACUGUUCGCGAGGGAACUGGGAGAGUGACUCGAAAGUGGGGAGGUCCGAGUGACGGCUACAGUGUUCUCUAGUGGAUUCUCGUGUAACAGGAACUCGAUUGCCCCGACGAUGAUCGUCAAUUAAUCGAUCUUAGACGUUACGAGAAUCAAGGAUCUUUCGAACUUUCUUCUGUUACGAAGUAACCUUCGAACAGAGCCCUCCAACAACCCCUAAGUCGUCGGGAGCUUUCUCCGCGAAAGGCACCCUUUGAAUCGAGUUCGCGGACAUUCCGGGAAGAGAGACGCGCGUGGGCGGUCGUUCCCGCGAUUAGUGUUUCCUGGUGCUAGACUGGAGCUGUAUUUGCCGUACGCACCACUGCCGGGGGGUGGCGGAAUCCUCCCGGCGGUGAGCAGCGGGCCAGGUUCGGGAGGGUGUCGUCCCGUGCUGUUGGGUGGCGUCGAUCUGUCGAUGUCGGCGGCGGUGCAGCCGGUCGCGACGCUGCCGACGCUGCCGAGCGGCGGUCCCGCGUCGCACAAUCCUCUCCACCAUACACCCGUGGGACUUCCUCUGCCUCCUCUGGGGUCUGCGCCCGUGAUGAUGCCGCGACCACCGACCACCGCAAUGCCGCCAUUGGGACCGUCUCUGCCACCCGCGCACCAGGACGCCGACUUGGCGGAGGCUGCGCCCAACCAGGACGUCCUGCUUGCUCUCCUCGCCAGGAACAAGAACCUGGAAGAACGGAAGAUUGAAACACCAAGCUGUUUUCCGAUCAAGGAAGAACCCUCGAUACCGAAGUGCGGCGGGUGCCAAGAAGCAAUUUUGGACAAAUACGUGCUGAGGGUUCUCGAGAGGUGUUGGCACGCGAGGUGUCUCACGUGUCGAGACUGCGGUGCAAGGUUGACCGACAAGUGCUUCGCGAGGAACGGCCAUGUUUUCUGCAAGGACGACUUCUUCAAGCGUUUCGGGACGAAAUGCGCGGGCUGCGGCCAAGGAUUGGCGCCGUCGCAAGUCGUACGAAGGGCACAGGAACUGGUCUACCAUCUCACCUGUUUCUCCUGCGCCCUUUGCUCUCGGCAGCUGGACACCGGUGACGAGUUCUACCUGAUGGAGGACAGAAAGCUCGUCUGCAAGCCCGAUUACGAGCAAGCGAAGGCGAAAGAGUUGGCUGACGGAGGAAGCAUAGAUGGCGAUCAACCCAACAAGAGGCCGAGGACGACCAUCACGGCCAAGCAACUGGAGACUCUCAAACUAGCGUACAACACCAGUCCCAAACCGGCGAGACACGUGCGAGAGCAACUGUCUCAGGACACAGGACUGGAUAUGCGCGUUGUUCAAGUCUGGUUCCAGAACAGAAGAGCGAAGGAGAAGAGACUGAAGAAAGAUGCGGGCAGAACGAGAUGGUCCCAGUAUUUCCGCAUGAAAGGAACGGGGGCUGGUGGACAUUCACCUAGGCACGACAAGCUUCUCGACAAGGACGAGCUUAAGGUCGACCUGGAUUCUACCUUCAGUCACCACGAUUUGAGUAACGACAGUUACGGAACGGUGGUGAACAUGGGAUUGGAUGGCGAAGGCGCGAGUCCAGGUGGAGGCGGGAACGGUGCAGGCGGGGGCCCUCCUCGCGGUUAUUUAGGCGCAACGACUCCCCCUUAUCUCUCAACGUCCAGAUCACCGUCCUUACCACCUCAAUUUCCAUAUCCACCGGAUGCUGGCCUCUCCGUCUACACCACCCUCGGUGGCGCAGGGAGCAUGGUACCAGGUCCAGCGUCGGAUUUGAGCAACGAAUCGAGCGGGGGUGGCGGAGGUGGCGGCGGCGGAGGCGGUGGCGGAGGUGGUUACCCAGACUUUCCACCCUCGCCUGAUUCAUGGCUCGGGGAACCACCGCCACCACCCCACGCUCACCACCAUUCCCACUACGCCACAUAACCCGGCAGAGCCACGGGUCGCCAGAUACCGUUUGGAAGAACGGAACGGCACAAGGCGUUCACCUGACAACCCCGUCGGCGAAGGACUCGUUCGAAAGACUACACGAGCCCUCCAACGGACCAGCCUGUCCACCUUCGUCCAUCCUCGACGUCGCAUCCUCGAGGCAGGAGCUCCAGGGGAUAUCGGUGUUCCGAUCGCGCCAUCGACGGAUCCGUCUACGCGCGGGGAUCGAUCGAGAGCCUCGAUCGAGGAACGACCCCUGCCGCGGAGUCGUUCUACGCCACGCUAACCACCGUCCCGGCCGGUUUCCCGUCAUCGGAUCGAUUGCCAUGAUUGUCGUUGGAACGUUACGUUCAUAGCGAGCAUACGAUUACGCAUUCGAUAGCACGAUUAAUCUAAAUAUAUUUAUGUACAAGUUCCUCGUUUCCCGGUACUAUGGAGUUUAAUGGUCGAUUCAAGAAAUACCUAGAGGAUAGUUUAGACGUGUCGCGAGCCGGACGUUCGUUGGAACCGAUAUGCUUCGCGGAAGAACGAUGAUCCGUCGAUUUAUUCGUCGAACGAAUCCCGUGGCAAUUAUUAACAGAGAAUUUCGUCGACUACGCUUCAUCGAUGGUAUUAUUUUUGACGGGAAGUCCUCGUAAUUAAACGUAGAAAAUGUAUGUCGCGGUCAAUGUCAGUGUCGAUCGAAACUGAUGUCCGUCAAUACUACACGGUUGAAAAUUUUCCGUUAACGUACACGAAUUAAACGUUGCAAAUAAUGCUCGACAUCUGUUUUACGUUGAACUAACGCCCAGAUGAUGUGUAAUAAAUUCUCGCUGAAUAUAGAUUCUGGUAAUUUAAUCAAUUUUUAUUUCGCGUUCAUUUUUAAAUAACAUGAAGAAUAUAUUAGAACAUUUAACUAAUGAAUUUUUAUACGCAGGAACAGAAAGUUUUCAACUGUGUAGAGAAUUCUGGUCGACGAAAUCUGUGUGGAUCACUUCCAUGGGGUUCGUGGAGAACACCCUCGAGACAGCUCGAUGGAACAGCGUCGAAUCGGUCGAUUUUCAUUUUCGUAGGGAAUUCCGUCGAAUCGACCGUGCUUCGGCAGACAUCGUUUACCAAAGCGAACGUCAACGUGGACACGUUUCUGUGGUAUACCGCGCUUACAUGACGUUACAAGUUUCAGGUGUCAUUUAUUGUAAAUAGUUCAGAUUAGAUUCUAUCGUACUCCAAUAAGAGAUGAGACGAAGACGAGGAGGAUCGGCGUACAAUGAUCUCGGCGCAAGCGACGCUGUCCGCUGAACGAAACUCGAAAUUGAAAUUCAAGAAAGCAGCCUCAACACCGAUUUUGCAAACUAACGCGUCAAUUCCCGUGAUAAAAAGUUACCUGACUGCUGAUUUGGUAUACUUAUGGCUUGCAUGAAUAUUGAAAACAUAAGUGCACUCAUUCAGCGUAUAUAUUUUCUAUAUUCAGGUACGACAUAACUGCAGAAAAUCGGUACUUUUGUGAAAUACAUUUUACAUACGUUGCAUUAGGCGCAGAAAUUAAUUUUUUGCCUUUAUAUUCAAUCGUCAAAGAAUCGUCAUUCUGGUAUUAUAUGUUGACACGUGAGCAAGUUUGGUUGCCUAUCAAUAGGCGUAUGAUCGCUGACAUUUACCGACCGACAGGAUAUUAACACUUUACCGACCGGUAGCGGUUCAACAUCAUAUGCCCUUCUCACAGGCCGCUCGGCAGCAGAUCUUCCCUGGCACCGAGAAUUGUAUAAAAAUACGAGAGCUUACAGAGCAAAGCAACUUGUAUCUCAAUUCAAAGUAACAAAUACUUGCUAGUUACCAUAGCAGUUACCGGUCGGUAAGGUGUUAAUCGUCUGUUUGUGGAAGAGGCACAGAAUUAAUUUCUACACCUGAUGCAUAUCGUUUCGAUAUAUAUCAUACAUCACGAAUGCGUAAAAUCCGUAAUUUACUCGGAAGAAAUAUUUGGCGCGACAUUGUUUCAAAUUUAAUGCCUCAGAGUUACCAGCGUCGCGACCAAAUCAGGAGCAACCUCCCUCUAUUUCCUCCGCGUGCCGCUCGGUGGCUCACUCGUAUUCGGGACGUCGCGUCGCGGAGGAAAGACGCGUUAGGUCGUUUCGUGUACGUCGAAUAUUGGUUCUCCGAAUCACAGGCGCGUUCGAAAGUCGUUCUAAUAAGACGUGAUAUUCGAUUGUAAUCGAAUGACAAGAAAACGGGUGUGAAUCAUCGACAUUUUACCAACAAAAGUUUACUUUCAAUCGGUGGACAAUUCGGUCGCUCGACGGACACUGCGCCUGCGCACGACGGUCAGCGUGUUCGGCUGUUCAUUUUGGGACAAGAAAUCGCGUAGUUUGCACCACGAGGCACUCUUAAAAGUAUCCCGUGUCAUUCCUGCGUCAUCGAUAUCAGCAUCCCACCAGUUGUCAAUCGAACGUGAGUUUUCCUUUUGCAAUUAAUUUGGACGAUCGCUGCCCGAUUUCGCCGGCGUCCACGAAACCGUUGAGCCAACAUGGCGGCUGGUAUCAGGGACGAAAUUCGAAUCGCGUCGUUUAUUCGAUCCAAGAGUUUUUAGUUGGCCACGACGAAAUAUUUUAAUCUACGUUUCGAAUUUUAAUCGAAUUUAAUAGCGUUUCCGUAUCUUUGGCGAAAUCGAGCAGCAGUGAAUUAACUUUUACGUCGGUCGAUCGAUUAAAUGGCGCUACAAUUCUGGUCCUUGAUCUUUACCGAAACGUUCGAUUGCACGGUUGACCCUUUACGGACGGUGACGUGAAUUUAUCUUUACAAAUUCGUGUAAAUACUCUCUUGACUGAUAUUCGUGAUCGACGAAUCGUUUCCUUUCUUUUCUUGUUCGAUUAUGGGAAAUUACUCGUUUACGUUCACUGUCCGUAAAGCAUCGACGAUUUCGAAUAAUCAAAGCCAUUACGAUGUCAAUUGUGCCCUCGUUUCAAUGCAUACACGCGUGUCAUGUAUAAAUUGUAUGUGCGUGUACGCGCGAGACCACGUAUUCGCGGAAACACGACUAGAUGUAGAAGGAUACGAUAAUCAAAAGCGCGAGGUUCGAUCGAUAGCAGUCUCCUGACUUCGCCUGUGUAACAUGCAGCAGGGAUGUUCGAUUCUUUUAAACGUAAUUGAUUUAUAUCGAAAUAUCCAAUUAAACAGCUUGCAAGCUUAGAAGUUCUAAGCAAAACAUAUUGGAAGAACGAAAUCUACGCGAGAAACAGGUAGCAAUUUUCUCGAUAAAAUCGAUUCGGAAUCGAGCAUUCCUAUGCAUACAGGGUGUCUCAAAAAUGUUGUAACACCUUGAAAGAGGUGGUUCAGGAGGUGAUUUGAAAUAACUUUUUCCUUAGCGAAAAUGUUGUCAGAGGCUUCGUUAAGGAGAUAUUAACGGAAAACACUGACCAAUCAGAGCGCGAGUAUGCCGGUGGACCGCCCAUGGUAGCGUAUGAGCGCGCCCGCCUAGCGCGUAGCCACGCCUAUUGCUGGCGCUCCAACGGUAUACACGCGCUCUGAUUGGUCAGUGUUUUCUGUUAAUAUCUCCUCAACGAAGCCUCUGACAACAUUUUCGCUAAGGAAAAAGUUAUUUCAAAUCACCUCCCCAACCACCUCUUUCAAUGUGUUACAACAUUUUUGGGACACUCUGUAUACGGUAAUUUGAGGCGCACUUCAGCCGGUUGUACGUCGUCAAGUUUCGCACGCGUCCCUUGCUUCGUUCGCGGCAACGUUCACGCGAUCCAACGCUUUUGAAACUAUUUUUUCAAAAACUGUGCGCCUCGUAUUAUCUGAACGGAUUGUGCCAUGAGAACAAGGACCGAGACAAAGGAAAGAUAUCACUGUAGAAUUGUAUAUACAUCGUCCCCCGGUCGUUUUAACCACGACAAUUCGAUUACUCGAGACAGAGUGAGCGUCGUGAAGGGUAGCAGGUGCGUUCGGACAGGUACUGCUCACUAAUCCGCUCUGUGAGCACUCUCGACUUCUGAAUUUUUUGCGUCUAAAACAUGGCGACCACUCAAAGAAUGAAUAAUAUUACAAUGUAAUGUUAUCUGCGAGCGGGUGAGCUUAUGGAUUUUUUGAUUCCAAACUUGGCGACCGCUCUCUGAUGCUAUUGGCUGCUACCAGUGAGCAGUUGCCAUGUUGGGAACGUAUAUUUGUGGUUUGCUCGCUCUGUGAGCGCGCUCACAUAACAGGUCAGUGAGCAGUGGUCUUUCUGAAUGCAACCAUUGUUUCGUCGUGUGAAAGAAUUGAAUGUUGUACAGUUACGAACACCGAAUACGUGCUCCUCACCGGGUUUCGCAAAAAGAUAAAAUGAGAAAGAGAAAAAGAUUCGCGUGACUGGCGCAGUUCAUAACUUCAUCGACACGAGUUACUACGGAUCUUUAUAUUAUUAUCUAGUCAUCGAGUGAUAAUAAAAAUUCUAUCAUAAUCUA